UAAUAGUGUUUGGUAACGUAGCAGAAAUCGCAUAGACUAAAAACUGAGAGUCUCUGCCAACUUCGAAGACGAUUUUCAAUUUCUUUUGGAUUCCGCAGAGGUCACCGACGAUAUGGCGGAGGGAGGAGCGCCGUCGAAGUACGUUAAGUUGACGAAGGAGCAGGCUCCGCUCGAUGACAUUAAGCCCGGAGAGCUCAAUCAGCCGAUCGAAGUCCCGCAGCUUAACGUUCGUAAGUGCAAUGAGUGUGGUCAACCUCUGCCUGAGAACUUUGAGCCUCCAGCCGAUGAGCCAUGGACCACCGGAAUUUUCGGCUGUGCUGAGGAUCCGGAGAGUUGCUGGAGAGGACUCUUCUGCCCAUGUGUUCAGUUCGGGCGUAACUUUGAAAAUCUGAGCGACGACGAUACCCAUGGAACCAAAGCAUGUGUUUGCCAUGCGUUUUUUGUAGAAGGCGGAAUGGCACUGGCUGCAGCUACUGCACUUUUUCAUGGUAUAGAUCCUCAGACAUCGUUCCUCAUCUGCGAGGGGUUGUUGUUUGCGUGGUGGAUGUGUGGCAUCUACACCGGAAAUGUCCGUCAAUCUCUCCAGAGGAAAUACCAUCUCAAGAACUCACCAUGUGACCCCUGUCUGGUUCACUGCUGUCUCCAUUGGUGUGCACUUUGCCAAGAACACCGCGAGAUGAAGAACCGUCUUUCAGACAACUUUGUGAUGCCGAUGACCGUCGUUAACCCGCCUCCGGUUCAAGAGAUGAAAGCUUCCGACGCUGACAAUGGCUCUGUUCCGGUUUCCCGACACAACACCGAUCUCGAAAUGCAGCCGUUGUAGAACACAAGGUUAUUGCUUCACACAAGAACUGUCUUUCGGUAUGAGCUCAUGACUGUCUCUCUCUCUAUAUAUAUAUUCAUUUACUCAAUUGGAUAUUUGUAAACCGGGUUCCUUCCGGUUCGGUUUGAUUAGAACUGAGGAACCGCAUACAUAACUCUUUUUUUUUUUUUGAAACCGCAUAUAUACUCUUUUAGUUUUCUUACCAAUGUAAAAAAAAUAUUUAGCAUAUAAUAUUAUUCAGGGUUUUUCUUUU